UAUUAAACCAAAUCUCUUUCCUCUUUCUUCCUUGAAUUUAUUCAAAAAGUUGCUACUCGCAUACCCUCCCUCCAGCUCCUCUUUGCCAAUCAACAGCUUUUCUCGCCCACCAUGUCUCUCAAGAACGACGCUUUCCCUUCUUCCGAGGCCUUCGAGGCCAUCAACGCCGCUCUCAGCAGCGAUGAAGCCGGCCGCAAGGACGCCAUCAAGAACGGCAAGGCUGUCUUUGCAUUCACCCUCAAGAAUAAGGCGGGCGAGACGGCCAGCUGGCACAUUGACCUCAAGGAGAAGGGCACCGUUGCCGCUGGCCUUCCCGAGAACGCCAACGUCACUCUGUCUCUCUCCGACGAGGAUUUCGGCAAGCUCGUUACUGGCAAGGCCAACGCCCAGCGUCUCUUCAUGUCCGGCAAGCUAAAGGUCAAGGGCGACGUCAUGAAGGCCACCAAAAUGGAGCCCAUCCUGAAGAAGGCUCAGACCAAGGCCAAGUUGUAAAGGCUGCAAGAUACGAAACAGAAAGAAAGAAACAAACAAAAAGAAACAACAUACCACACGGCAUUGAUUUUGUUUUAUUAAUGUAUCAUACCAUCAUUGUUUAAAGCUGCAGCCACAGCUAUCACUGAUACGCUGUUUGUUUGCUCUUUGCCCGCCGCAUGAGCUGAGAGGGGGAUUUUGAUUUUACUAUAUAUAUAUAGGUAGUGCCUUAUGAAUGUCGGCAUAGACGAGAAUACCAUACUCGGCUGGAUGCCUUUCCAGCUUGAGAUUUUUUUA